GGUCUUCAAUCUUUUGUGACACGUUGCAUUGCUCUGGAGUAUCUACACAUCUACACUCCUGAAAUAUGUGAUGAUGACAGCACAGCAGAUGAGCUGUCCCUGCUAUCUGAUAGGAUUCAUUGGUGCAUGCAGCUUGUACAUCUUUCUUGUCCAAUGCUCGACUGGGCAACAUGGAAGCACCUCUCCUCCCUCCCUACUCUUCUCAAAUUGAGAAUUAAUCAAGGGUGUAAUGACCCUCCUUCGCUGUCAAAACGAGAUAUUGUGAAUCUAUCGUUCCUUAACAUCACAAGCCUUUCCUUUCAAGAGCUCUAUGAUCCUAAAGACAUUGUCACAAUCAUGCAACACUCGCAAUUUCCCUCGCUGAAAAGGUUCAAGUUUGAAGCCAAAUAUAUCUCUUCAGAAGAGGCCGAGCAACUCUUUCAUGUUCUGUCCCACUGCAAAGCGUGUCCGACUCUAGAACAAAUAUCCAUUUGUUCUCUUGCUGAGGGAUUCCUCGUACCCCUAAACAGCAAGCAUUUGACACCAAUUCCACAUUUCCUUUGCUUCACACAGCUCCGAACCCUGAAGCUCACAUUUUAUAAUUACCGCAUCUACCUGGAAAAUAACAUGCUCUUGCAAGCUAUGUCUAGUUGGCCACACAUCCGCACUCUGGAAAUCAAAGACUCUGAUUCUUCUUCCGAAGUCACCCUCUGUGGAUUAUUCACAGCGCUUGUUCCAUGUCCACAAUUGCGUAGACUACGAGUUCCAAUCAAUCUUGCAACUAUCGACAUUGAUCCUGAUACUGAGCCAAUAUAA